AUGCUCGUAGUAACCCGGCUGGCUGCUGGUGGUGACAGCACAGGCCAGGUGGUCCUGGAUCGCGCUGGGGCCGGCGUCGGCGCCGCUAUAUACGGUGGCAGCGUCGCGGCGCGGCCGAGGCAGUGGGUGGGGGAUGGAGUGAGGGUGGGGGGCGCAGGCGCGGCCCCGCCCCCGGCUCGCGGCGCGGAUAUAAAGCGGCGGCGUCGUCGCCAGCGGCCCACCAGCCGCAGCACUCAGCAGCCAGCAGCAGCAGCCAGCAGCAGCAUGCAGACCGCCACACUCCUGGUCGCCGCCUUGGCCGCAGCUGCCGUCGCCCUCACCGGCGCCGUGCCAGCUCCGCAGAUGGUCUCCAGCGGCUUCCAGCAGUACCGCGAUGAGCCUAACGACGUGGAGGAAGGAUUGGUGCGCCACCUCGACAACAUCGGAGGCGGCCACCUGCUCCGAAACCUGGACGGCCUGGGCGGCGGACACCUGCUGCGACAGACCAAGAGUGGCCUCGACUCUCUCUCGGGCGCCACCUUCGGAGAGCAGAAGCGGCUCGACUCCCUGAGUGGCAUCACAUUCGGCAGCCAGAAGAGAAACUUUGACGAGAUCGACAGGAGCGGCUUCAACAGCUUCAUCAAGAAGAACUUCGACGAAAUCGACCGCUCGGGCUUUGACCGUUUCGUGAAGAAGAACUUCGACGAGAUCGAUCGAUCUGGCUUCAGCGGCUUCGUGAAGAGGAACGCGCCGAUGCUGGCGCGCCACUAUGACCAGGGCGACCACUGAGGCGCCCCACCCCCGCACCACCCUGCACCAGACCCGCACCCGCUCGCUGCCCUCCGUGUUAUGUUGUAGAAGCAACGCUCCUCUGCCGUACUGUUCCCUCAGUCACUGGAAUAUUUUCACGUCUACUUAAAACUACUGUGUAGAAAAAGCAUAGCAUUAAAGUGUUGGUGUUUUUAAUUAUUAUGUACAUACUCGUGUAUAAUUAUUAAAUGUCCUGACGCAACCUACCUGUAAGCGUAUACGAAUAAAAGCAUCCAUUAGAAAAGGCCAUCUUAUGCUGGUGCACAUUUUGAACCACUCAACUGAGCCAGAGUUCCUGUACUGCGAAAUACCUCCUAGUCAGAUAAAUAAAUAUC